AUGAUGCAAUCAGAGAAAAUUCUACCCUUCUGGGAAACCUUUGACAUCCCAUGCUCAAAUCUUGAUCAAUCAAGACUUCAUGAUCCACAGAUGGAUUUUCUCAUGUGGGAUAAUCUAGAUUUUUCUUUUUCACUCACUUCACCUGAAGAAUCCUCCAUUAUUUCUACAAACUCAAAUGUUUCAACCAUGUUUUCUGAUGAGUUAUUUGAUCUUCCAAAUUUGAGCGAUGAUAUUUUCAUCCCUUCACCCAUGGAGGGCUUGGCAACUAUUUCAAGGGAACAAAUUACGGACAUCUGUGGAUGGAUCAAUGAAAGUGAUUACAAAGGAAAUUAUUCGACUCUGGUCCCUAUGUAUGGAGAAGAAUACAGUCCUUGUUUUUCACUGGAAUCCAGUGAGGAUCCAGUGGUAUUUCCAAUGAUGAACGGGUCAAAUACGUUGCCAGGAGACAUGGAAAUGGACAAUGAAACGAGUCUCCGUCACCUAAUAAAGGCUUAUGGAGAGGCCACAGAGAAUAAACAGCAGGAGCUUGCCCGGGUGAUUGUAAACUCUAUAGAGGAGAAGAGUGAUCCCCUCGGAAAGACAAUGGAAAGGGUAUCCUUCUAUUUAUUCCAGUUGAAACAAAAUCAAGGCGAAUACCUGAGACAAGAAUCACUCAGGAAUUAUAGAGCAGCGUUCAAGGCAUUCUACCAAGGUCUCCCGUAUGGGAGAUUAGCUCAUUUUAUUGCCAACUCAGCAAUUCUAGAAGCUCUGCCAGAUGAUGCAGAAACAAUUCACAUAGUUGAUUUUGAUAUUGAAGAAGGGAUACAAUGGCCUCCAGUCAUUGAAGCCAUAAGUCGAAUGCACAAGGCACUAAAAUUUACAAUGAUAAAAUCAGAUGAUGAAUGCAGUUCUCUUUGUUGGGAUAUUGAGGAAACGAAACAACGGCUCCAAGAUCAUGCAACAGAACUUGGUCUGAACCUACAAAUUGACCAAAAGAGUGUUUCAGAUCUAGCAAGUGAAAUAACCAGGACAAAGAAAAGAGGACGAGGCAGAGAGUGGUUAGUGUUCAACUGCAUGUUUAGGCUUCCGCACAUGGCUAGAAUGAGGCAAAGAAGUCAUGCCGCUAGGUUUCUACAGGUAGCCAAGGAAAUACUAACCAAUUACAGAGCCUCCGCAGGAAUGGUGACUCUUGGUUAUGGAGAAACAGAAUUUUGUUCACAAGCUUCUUCUAGUUUCAGUUCAUUCUUGGACAAACUAUUGAAGCAUUACCAAGCCCUAUUCGAAUCAUUAGAACAGAGUUUCCCAGCUCAUCUAGCAGAUGCCAGAACAGCCAUGGAGAGUCUUUUUCUGGCACCUUAUAUGAGUUCCCUCCAUUGGUUUCUAGACUCGGAGAAAUUGAUGGAAAAUUCUGAUCUUCAAUCAGAGACCGGAUUGGAGGGUCAAAAACUGAGUGAAGAAAGCAUAAUCGAAGCUAAGCAGAUUGUGAACGAAAUAGAAAAUGCAUACAAGGUGAAGAUCGAAGGACAUAGAAAACAUGAGAUGGUUUUGGAAUGGAAGGGCACUCCACUAGUAAGAGUUUCCACUUGGACGUGA